CCAGGUGUCACGAGCCGGGCGACGGCGAGGAGGGCUGGCGACUGCCGGCGCGGCUGCACGUGACGGUGAAGUUCCUGGGGGGGGACGGCGACCCCUCGGACCGCAAGGAGGUAGACGAGCUCGUCGGCACCUGGCACAGCGUGGAGGUGCGGGCGCUGGUCUUCCUGCGCGGCGGCGGGCUGCUGUGCGCGGAGGUGGCGCUGAGCGACGGCGAGGGCAGCGAGCAGCUGCGGGCGCUGGCGGGCGACGGCUGGCGGCCGCACAUCACGCUCCUCAGCUCCUACCCCUAUCAGGCCAAGGACUCCACCGCCGUGCUGGAGGCCUACGCCGCGGCGGCCGCGGCCGCGGCCGGCCCCGCGGGGGCGGCCGACGCGGACGCGCCCGCGUCCCCGCCGCAGGAGCCGGCCGCUCUCCCGCGGAAGGGCCUCGGAGGUUUUCGUCGGCUGUUGGAGCUUUUCUCGCCUCGGGGUGCCCGGGGCGCGCCCGCGGCCCCUCGGCAGGAGGGCCUGAGCGCCGCGGACCGGGAGCUGGCGGAGUCCAUGCGGAGCGCCAUGCAGAGCGGGGCACCGGCGUCCAGCGCCCUGAAGGAGCCGCGGAUGUUCACCGACACGGUCUUGCCUGGUGGCCUGGGCACCGUGGACCUGUGCGUCAUCCCGCUGAGCCCACCCCGCGACCUGGGGCCGUGCAAGUUCAAGCUGUUCUACAAGUAGGUCGGACUGCUCCACGAGCAGCAAAGGCAGAAGCAUGAAUCUUUGGAGCUCCGCGCGGAUAUCUUAGAUCGGCGCUGGGGCCCCCUGGCGGCGCCUCUGGAGCCACCCCUGGCGCGCUCCGCGCUCCAGGGAGGGAUGUCCACCGCCGAGCCAAGAAAUCCGGAUUGAGCUCCGAACGUGUAUGAUUAUGUAAGUGAUGUAGUUGUCUCUUCUUCUCAGGUCAGGCUGCGGGAGCGGCGCACCCCGGGACAAGGUUUGGUAUUUGGGUUGCGGGAGUCUAAAAGGGCCCGCCCGUGUCCGAAGGGCUUUGCGCAUA